AUGGGAACAACGAGAACACCAAUAGGGACACCAAUGGGGACACCGGAAUGGCAAUGCAAACAACGGGAACACCAAUGGGAACACCAAUGGAGACACCGGCAUUGCAAUGCGAACAACGAGAACACCAAUGGGAACACCAAUGGAGACACCGGCAUUGCAAUGCGAACAACGAGAACACCAAUGGGAACACCAAUGGAGACACCGGCAUUGCAAUGCGAACAACGAGAACACCAAUGGGGACGCCGGCAUGGCAAUGCGAACAACGGGAACACCAAUGGGGAUAUCGGCAUGGCAAUGCGAACAACGGGAACACCAAUGGGGACACCGGCAUGGCAUGCGAACAAGGGGAAAACCAAUGGGGACACCGGAAUGGCAAUGCAAACAACGGGAACACCAAUUGGGACGCCGGCACGGCAAUGCGAACAACGGGAGCACCAAUGGGGAUACUGGCACGGUAAUAUGAACAACGGGAACACCAAUGGGGAUACCGGCAGGGCAAUGCGAACAAUGGGAACACCAAUGGCCGGGAACACCAAUGGGAACGCCGGCAUGGCCAUGCGAACAACGAGGACACCAAUGGGGACACCGACACGGCAAUGCGAACAACGAGAACACCAAUGGGGAUACCGGCAUGGCAGUGUGAACAACGGGAACACCAAUGGGGAUGCCCGGCGGCACGGCAAUGUGAACAACGGGAACACCAAUGGGGAUACCGGCAUGGCAAUGCGAAGAACGAGAACACCAAUGGGGGCGCUUGGCGGAACGGCAAUGCGAACAACGGGAACACCAAUGGGGAUACCGGCAUGGCAAUGCGAACAACGGGGACACCAAUGGGGAUACCGGCAUGGCAAUGUGAACAACGGGGACACCAGUGGGGAUACCGGCAUGGCAAUGCGAACAACGGGGACACCAAUGGGGACGCCGGAAUGGCAAUGCGAACAACGGGGACACCAAUGGGGACGCCGGAAUGGCAAUGCGAACAACGGGGACACCAGUGGGGAUACCGGAAUGGCAAUGCGAACAACGGGGACACCAAUGGGGAUACCGGAAUGGCAAUGCAAACAACGGGAACACCAAUGGGGACGCCUGGCGGAACGGCAAUGCGAACAACGGGAACACCAAUGGGGAUACUGGCACGGCAAUGUGAACAACGGGAACAUCAAUGGGGAUACCGGCACGGCAAUGCGAACAAUGGGAACACCAAUGGCAUGGAACACCAAUGGGGACGCCGGCAUGGCAAUGAGAACAACGAGGACACCUAUGGGGACGCCUACACGGCAAUGCGAACAACGAGAACACCAAUGGAGAUUCCGGCAUGGCAAUGUGAACAACGGGAACACCAAUGGGGACGCCUGGCGGAACGGCAAUGCGAACAACGGGAACACCAAUGGGGACGCCUGGCGGAACGGCAAUGCGAACAACGGAAACACCAAUUGGGACGCCCGGCGGCACGGCAAUGUGAACAACGGGAACACCAAUGGGGACGCCUGGCGGAACGGCAAUGAGAACAACGGGAACACCAAUUGGGACGUCCGCCGGCAUGGCAAUGUGAACAACGGGAAAACCAAUAGGGAUACCGGCAUGCGGCAAUGGGAACAACGGGAACACCAAUGGGGAUACCGGCAUGGUCAUGUGAACAACGGGAACACCAAUGGGGAUACCGGCAUGGCAAUGUGA